UCGUUGUUGAUGAUUUUCUCCUUCUCCUCCUUCUGCCUCUCUCUCUCACUGUGGUUCUCUUUCUCAACAGAGGAUGAAAAAAGCAUCGUCGACUCUGACGCCGUUCGUGAAGCUGUCGUCGGUUGCCGUCUUGGUGAUCAUCGUCUUCAUCCUCGCCGGCCACUGGACGGACGUCCGCGAACAGAUAGUGUUCAUCACCCGAAACUCCGGGUUGGGCUAUGGUGCCUCCAGCGACGCCGAUCUCGCCCUCAGCGACGGCGAUUCGACGCUUCACUGGGUGACGUUCGGGGUCCUGGAUGAGAACGGGAAGAUGACGGAGAAUUUCAGGGUGAGCGAGUUCGACUCCGGCUCGGUAGUGGACGUGAUGAUGGCGGCUGCGGCGGAAGAGGAGGAGGAAGAAGAACAGGAUGAGGAGAGACCGGGGGCCGGGGAGGACAGGGUGAGUUGGAAGGCGGAGAGGUUCCUGAAGUGCCCUGCGAGCAUGAGAGAUUACGUGCCUUGCUUGGAGGAGGCGGAGGAGGGCGCAGACGGAGAGAUGAACCCGACGGUGUGGGGGGAGAGGUUCGAGCGGCACUGCUCCUCCCUGGACAGCGCCCCCAAGUGCUUGGUCCCGCCGCCGGCGAAAUACCGCCGCCCGAUUCGUUGGCCAAUCAGCAGAGACCAGGUAUGGUACUACAACGUGCCGCAGUCUUUAUUGGCAGCAGAUGAUGGUGAAGAGAAGAGCUUCGUAACAAGAACCGGGGACAAACUCAAUUUUUCGGAUCAUGGAUCGCAGUUCCCCGAUGGAGCCAACAAGUACUUGAAUCAGAUUGCAACGAUGGUUCCAGGAAUUGGGUUCGGUUCUCGGACGAGGGUGGCCCUGGACUUGGGGAGCGGGAUAGCUACAUUUGGUGCGUUCCUCUGGUCCCGGAACGUGACGACCAUGUCCAUAGCACCGAAGGACCUGGUGCACGGGAACCAGGUUCAGCUGGCCCUCGAGCGCGGCGUGCCCGCCAUGGUCGGUUCCCUCGCAAGGCGCAGGCUGCUGUACCCGAGCCAGGCGUUCGAGUUGGUCCACUGCUCGAGUUGUCAGAUCAAUUGGACUCGCGACGAUGGAGUUUCGCUGCUUGAAGUUAAUAGGCUGCUUAGAGCUGGUGGCUACUUUGUUUGGGCAGCAGAGCCAGUUUAUGAAGGUGACGAGAGCUCCAAAGAAGCAUGGAAAGGGAUGGAGAAGCUGACUGCUUCAAUUUGCUGGAAUCUUGUGAAGAAGGAAGGCCAUAUUGCCAUCUGGAAAAAGCCCACAAACAAUAGCUGUUAUCUCAACCGUGAGGAUGGUGCUCAACCUCCACUCUGUGAAGCUGAUGAUGAUAUAGAUAAUGUUUGGAAUGUUAACCUUAAACAAUGUAUUGCUCGAUUACCCGAGAAUGGUUUUGGAGGCAACAUCUCAACCUGGCCUGCAAGAUUGCAUUCUGCACCAGAUCGGCUCCGCACAGUAGACAUUGAUGUAAAAAUCGCACACAAGGAGCAUUUCAGAGCAGAUUCCAAUUACUGGAAAGACAUUGUGAUGGGCUAUGUUCGUGCUUUUCGUUGGGAAAGCUCCUCGGUUCGUAACGUUUUGGACAUGAGGGCAGGAUUUGGAGGGUUCGCUGCAGCAUUGGCCGAGCAACUGGAUUGUUGGGUGAUGAAUGUUGUUCCAGUCAGUGUGACCAACACCUUGCCUGUGAUUUAUGAUCGUGGACUAAUGGGGGUUAUCCAUGAUUGGUGUCAGCCAUUUCCGACGUACCCUAGAACAUACGAUCUCAUACAUGCUGCAAUGGUCUUCUCUCUGGAGGACAAGAGGUGUGACAUUUCGAGGAUGAUGCUUGAAAUUGAUAGGAUACUACGCCCCGGUGGCUUCGUCUACAUCCGUGACUUCAAAAAGACCAUAGAGAAGAUUCAUCAAAUCGCAUUUGCCAUGGGCUGGAGGGUUUCAGUGUUUCAUACUUCCGAAGGACCAUACUCAGGUAAAAAGCUGCUAAGAUGCGAAAAGCCUGGGCCAUAGCAACAUUGAACCACUAAAGGAAAUGCAGCAGCAACUGCACGGUUUACUUAUCCUGAUUAUGACGGAAGGUUUCUGGAAGAUGAAGAAACUCUUCAUUCAUAUUGAAUUCCAUCUGCGACCAAAAAUUUGCAGACCUGUGCUAUUACCCGAUCGACAUUCCAGAUGUGCCAUUCUGCUGUAUAGAUCAACUUAUGCAGUUGUUGUAUGUCAAUUUGCUCCAGCAACAUGUGCCUCUUACAUAUAUACAUUCAUAGAGCGAGUCUUCAAUAGGUUGUUUGCUUCCAUGAGGUUGGACUUUUCAUUUUUAUUUUUUUUGCUUUUCAUUGUCAGCAAUUUGUUGGUCAAUGAAAAGAGCCACUACUUUAUUUUGAA